CUAGUCCAGCAACAAAUAUAGCCCCAUUUUUGUAGGGCUCCAAAACUUAGACCCGACCCGGCCCGGGUUAUCCACAUUGGCGACCCUGAAAAAUUGAGGAGACAAACAAAAGCAAAUGGUAAAGACGGUGGAUACUGAGAAGCAUUGAUGGCAUUAGCUUCUUAGGUUUUUGAACGAUUCAAUUUCUUCUGGAAAAUUUCUCGCCUUUUCCGAUCCCAAUCCUCACCAAAAGCGGAAAAACAAAAUCUGAUAAUGGAGGACAUGGAUAUUGAUUCAGUAGAGGACAUACCUGACACUCCUGAUAGGUUCUCUGUACAGCGAAUGAACAGAGGGGAUUGUGUUGAAAAAGAAAGUAAUCUAUCAGUAGCUGGUCAUGUGGAAGGUUCUAAUACUGCAGGUGAAGGAUCUUUGGAUGGGCUAAGGGGCAGAGGUAGGCUGGUUGUCAAAAAUGGGUACAACAGAAAACAUUAUAUACACCCUCGAAAACUUUCAGGCAGUGUUGAUGAAAUUGAGUGUCAGAAAAAUACCAUUGUCUUGUCCCCGCUAGAGAAUGCUGAACAAAAUGCUCCUUUAUUUAGGAAAACAGCAAUGGGGAGAAGCAGGAAUUCCAUUAGAGAGCAAUGCAUGGAUAAUGGAAAAGCUCCUUGCUGUAAGUUGCCUUCUAAAUCAUCUGGAUUCCAUGAAGAUCAUGCUAUUCUGGAUUUAACUGAACAGAACAUGUACAACCAAAUACCUGAAAGGGCAUUUCCACAAGGUGGAUCAAAAAAUCGUGUAGCUGAAGUAAGAAAAGAAGGUCAGGUGCCAAGAAAUGGUGGUUCUUAUUUCUUUAACUCUUCAAACAAUUCUACAACAUCCAGAAGUAACUGCAAGGGAAAGGAAAAAAUAGAUGACGUUGGAUUUAAAAGUGUAGGUUCAGUUUUGGGACAUGGAAAAGGGGUGGUUCUAUCCCAUGGUUCUCCACUUAGAAUGGAAAAACAAUUGCCUGCAUCUCACCAUUCUGUUGCCUCGCCAAGAGCAGUUGGGAAAAAAAGAUUGGUCCGAAAUGGCUGCAUCUCCCCCCAUAAUAUUGCUAUCAGGGCUAAACAAUUGAACGAACAAUACCAAAACAGCUUUAAAGCUGAGCAAAAUUUUGGGAAUGUGCUUAGCAACGGACCUUGUAUGAGAGACAGCGAGAUAAUUGCUGAAGAUAAUGACAAUGGUAAAGGAAAAGGAGUUGUCCAUCCUCACGCAUCUAAGGAGCCUAAUAUCAAUUUUAUUAAUUUAUCUGGCAGUCCUAUGAGUAAUAAUAGAGAAGCUAGUGGUAUUAGUGAUUCGAAUAGAGGUGCAUGCUUUGAAGAUAAAGGUGGCUGGAGAAGGACACACAAUAAUUCAAGGAAUUUAGAUCAUGCAGCUGGAUGUCAUUUCAGCAGAUUUGAUAAUGUUCGAUUCCAAGUGAGUCAACAAAAUGAACAUGGAGUUCUGAAAAGAGAUAAUAACACUAGUGGAGGAAACAACAGGAUUGUAAGUGAUUGUCCACAAAAACAUGAUGUAACUGAAACAGCUCCUGUGAUCUCAAAAUUCAAUGAAAUAAGUGAACCUUCUCAUGCAAAAAACAUGCUGCCUAAAAGGCAAACGAAACAUGUAUUAACCUCAAGAAAUAGUGGUGAAAGCUCUAGGGUCAUACCUAAUGACUCAGACAUUGUGUUUCUUGGUUCGUCUAGGGAGUCAUCUAGUUCAAGGUCAUCCAGAAUUCAUUUUGGGCAACAUCCGGAUGUUUUGGAUCUUGACGAGUCAUCUGAAAUGAGAGGGAAAAAUGCCAAUAAUAUGGACUGUGGGAAUGAUGAGGACUCAGAGGCUAGGGCAAGACAAGUUGAAGCGGAUGAAAUGUUGGCCCGUGAACUCCAAGAACAAUUAUAUCACGAGGUCCCAAUAUUUGGUCACAGUGAGAUUGAUGAAAACAUUGCAUGGGCACUUCAGCAGGAGGAACAUGCACUCCGUCCUACUUCUAUUCAGAGUCUCCGUGAGCCAGAUCAUAGAGGCUCAACAAGGCAUUCUCGUAUUCAUCCUCCGUUGCAGACUUCUCAGAAUUCUUCGAAUAGGAGAGUACAUGCUGGUGUCCCUAAUUCUGUUAGAGUGUCACGGUUGAGGAGUCGAGUUUUGAAUCAACCUAGAGCAGCGCCAUCUAGGACAAGGAAUUUUCGAUUUCCUUUGGGCAUGGAUUUGGAUAUGAGACUUGAUAUAUUGGAAGCCAUGGAGGCUGCAAUUGGAGAUGCUGAUGACAUGGGAAUUGCUAGUCAAAUCUUCGAAGUUCAACGUGAUUUUAAUGAAAGCGAUUAUGAAAUGCUGUUGGCCCUUGAUGAUAACAUUCAUCAGCAUGGUGGUGCAUCUAUUAAUCAGAUUAACAGUUUACCCGUGUCCAAAGUACUGACUGAUAAUUUUGAAGAAGCUUGCGCCAUAUGUCUCGAAACCCCCGCUAUUGGAGAAACCAUUCGCCAUCUUCCUUGUCUACAUAAAUUUCACAAGGAUUGUAUCGAUCCUUGGCUCAGAAGGAAGACGUCGUGCCCGGUUUGCAAGUCAUCUAUAACUUGAAUGGGAGUGUUCCAGCGCAAUGAACAUUAUUAAAAUGUCUUAAGCAAAUGUUCAUCAGAGAUAGGUAUAAUUCUUUCUAAUCGACUUGUUGAAAAUUUUUGUUCCAGAAGCUCGUUGGCUUCUGGUGUUACUUCACCCUUUUCCUCAACUUCAUUUGAAUUCUGAAGAAAUUGCCAGUGUUUCCAGGGUCCAGCAAAUGAUCAUUUAUUGGUAUAAUUCAUGAACUGUUUUCACUGAAAUUUGUGUUUUGGAUGUUAUCUUUUGCAUUGCUUGUCCAGUACACAACUAGGGGAUGGAUCUCAGCUUGAUUUGAUCACGAAGUCCGCCCUCAUGAUGAGUGGCCAUGGCUUUGAAAUGUUAAAGGAGGAUCAUUAUCUUCAUUGUAAGGUAUGGGGAAGAAAUGACUGUCUAGAAAGUAAGGGCAUGCAACUAUUGUUUUGAAU